GUAUUUCACAGGGCUCCCUCGCCUGUAAGCUCACCUUGGGUACAUGAACAUAUCAACAAUAUAUUUGUAGCUAUCAUCAACCUCUCUCUCUCUCUCUCUCUCUCUCUUCUUUCUAUCAACAAUUAACUACUGCUAUAGAGAUGUUCAAACUAAAAAACCAAGCCAUCCUUUUCUCUAACCAUGGAAUGCUUCGUUUCUUCUCAGCUUCUACAGCUGCUGCAGCCAUCUCAGACGCCAUACCGCAACCUCAACAAUCCACCUUAGAUUCCAAUGCCCAAAUGAAAGACAUGAUGGAUCCUGAUUUUUUUAUCUCCACACUCUUCAAGUGUAGAAACAUAUUCCAAAUCAAACAAGUUCAUGCCCAAGUAACUACCACUGGUAUUAUUCAUGACCUCAUUGUUGCUAACAAACUCCUAUACAUGUGCGCAAAACACAAAGAUUUGGUCACUGCUCAUCUUUUGUUUAAUAAAAUGGAAGAGAGAGACCCAGUUUCUUGGAGUGUUAUGAUUGGUGGGUUUGUAAAAAAUGGUGAUUAUGAACGUUGUUUUCAGACUUUUAGGGAGCUUAUUAGAGCAGGGUCAAAACCAGAUAACUUUUCAUUACCAUUUGUUAUAAAGGCUUGUAGGGAUACAAUGGGGUUGAUUAUGGGCAGAUUGAUUCACUCCACGGUUUUGAAAAAUGGGUUACAUUUGGAUAAUUUUGUGUGUUCUACUUUAGUGGAUAUGUAUGCCAAAUGUGGCAUGAUUGACAACGCUAAGCAGCUGUUUGAUAGAAUGCCUAAGAAAGACCUUGUAACUCGGACAGUCAUGAUUGCUGGGUAUGCUGAAUGUGGAAAACCAAACGAAUCAUGGGUUUUGUUUGAUCAGAUGAGAAGAGAUGGUUUUGUGCCCGAUAAGGUUGCGAUGGUGACUAUAGUAAAUGCUUGUGCUAAAUUAGGUGCUAUGAAUAAGGCUCGGUUAGUUCAUGAUUAUGUAUGUGCUAGGAGAUAUUCUUUGGAUGUUGAAUUGGGGACUGCGAUGAUUGAUAUGUAUGCUAAGUGCGGAAGUAUUGAUUCCUCUAGGGAAAUUUUCGAUAGGAUGGAACAAAAGAAUGUGAUUUCGUGGAGCGCGAUGAUUGGGGCUUAUGGGUACCAUGGACAAGGCAGGGAAGCUCUUGAGUUGUUUCAUAUGAUGUUGAAUAGUGGAAUAAUACCGAAUAGGAUCACGUUCAUUUCCUUGUUGUACGCUUGCAGUCAUGCAGGUUUGGUCGAUGAUGGUCUUCAGCUUUUCUCUUUGAUGUCAGUUAGUUAUGGUGUGAGGCCUGAUGUGAAGCACUACACUUGCAUGGUUGAUCUCUUGGGGCGUGCUGGGAGGCUAGAUCAGGCAUUGAGAUUGAUUGAGAAUAUGGAGGUUGAGAAAGAUGAGGGGAUAUGGUGUGCUUUCCUUGGAGCAUGUAGAAUUCAUAGACAGGUAGACUUGGCAGAGAAGGCAGCAAAAUUGCUUCUCUCGCUACAAACUCAGAACCCGGGGCACUACAUAUUGCUUUCUAAUAUUUAUGCAAAUGCUGGCAGGUGGAAAGAUGUGGCAAAGAUUAGGAAUCUGAUGGCCAAAAGGAGGUUAAAGAAAAUUCCUGGUUAUACUUGGAUUGAGGUGGAUAACAUUAUUUAUCGAUUUGGUGCUGGAGAUAAUAGUCAUCUUCGAUCAAAGGAGAUCUAUGAGAUGCUGAAGAGUUUGAGUCAGAAAUUGGAAUCGGCUGGUUAUGUCCCUGAUACAAACUCUGUGUUACAUGAUGUUGAUGAGGAGGUUAAGCUUGGAAUUUUGCAUGCACAUAGUGAGAAGUUGGCAAUUGCAUUUGGCCUUAUUGCCACCCCCGACGGAACUCCUAUCAGGAUUACAAAGAAUCUGAGGGUUUGUGGUGAUUGUCACUCAUUUUGUAAGCUGGUGUCAGCAAUCACACAGAGGGAUAUCAUUGUACGCGAUGCUAACCGAUUUCACCACUUUAAGGAAGGGAUUUGUUCUUGUGGAGACUAUUGGUAAUUGGUUCAAGGACAUAGGCUUUUCUAUUUUCCUUUUCUAAGCUAUUUUCUUUCUGCUGUGAUUUUGAAUUUGCGGAGAGGGAAAAAAAAUAGCUCUGUAUUUUUUUUUUUAAAUUUUUCUAGAAUUCCUUCACAAGAUUGUGAAAAAGAUCUUUCUCGUUUGUUUUGUGUGGAUUGCAAUUAUAAUUUUUUUUACAUUAAUUAGAUGGUGCAAGCGUUAGAGUAUAUAAGAAA